AGCGUGUGGGCGUGUGUGUGUACUUUGUCACAUCCUGCUUCUGCCCAGCCCGAGGAUGAGGACGCUGUGUCCGAUAGAAGAAGACGAGCCGCUGAGGAAGAAAACUUGAACUCCUGAGCUGCCGUCAUGAGGCACAAAGCUGCUACCUACGCCGCUGCCCUCGUGGUCCUCGUGCUAACGUGGAACGUGUCCAAGAACGUCUGGCAAGGAGCGAGACAACUUCUGGGCGUGAGAAGUGUGGAGCAAACUAAAGUCAAAGUGCAACCAGAAACUUCUUCGCCAAAGUGCGGCCUGUCCAGAUUGUGCCCUCCUCAGCACUUUGCCGUGCAUGUGCGCAGCGGAGCCGCCGACGUGGUUGGCCCAAAGAUCUGCUUUGAUGGUCAGAUCAUCAUGAGUCACGUGCUCAACAACGUGGGACCCGGCCUCAACAUCGUUGUCAUCAACGGUGUUGAUGGAGCUGUGGACAAAAGCGGUUAUCUCAACAUGAAAGAUGGCGUCCCAGAGGACAUAUUGGCGUACCUGAAAGCCAUUAAAUCAGGAGAUGUGGUCAUUGUGGCGUCUUUUGACGACGUGACAACAAAGUUGACAGAAGAAAUGAAAGAGAUCUUUGUAAACAUGGGCAGCACUUUGAUCACAUCACUGCGUUACCGUGACAACUGGGUGUUUGCAGGAAGAGGCAGGGCAGGAAACAUCAGCUCCUUUGAGAAGCGAGUUGCCAACCAGCGUGAAAACAACGCUUAUGAGGACUGGCCUGCAGCUGUGGAAGUAGGAGGAUGUUUCCCCACCACUGCCUAAAUAUUUACCAACAAUACAAGAAUCAUCUUCGCUGUACAGUCAAACUUCACCUGUUGCUGGGAAUCCUGUACAAACUGUCAAGCUAAACCAAAGAAAUCAUUCAAAUUCAGACUUUUUCCCGAAAAUAUGAACAAACACCAAACACAUUUUAUUGCAAAAAACUAUGAUUUUACAUACGUGUCCUGAUUGACAUCAGAUAGCCUAUCGGUUUGAUAUCAUAAAAAAAAAAAAAAGGAGAUAUGGAGGAUAUGAGCUUGCAUCUAAUGUUUUU